CGACGAACAAAGCCUAGUGUAGCUGCUCUUCGCGAGAUUAGGAGAUACCAGAAGACGACCGAGCUGUUAAUACGUCGACUACCAUUCCAGAGGAUCUGUCGGGAAGUUACUAUAGAUAUCGCAAGUAAAUCUUCGAGUAGCGUAUACCGGUUCCAAGCAGAGGCCCUCCUCUGUCUACAGGAAGCGACGGAAGCGUUUCUUACACUUGAGUUCGAAGUCUCUAAUAUGCUUGCAAUAUAUGCGAAACGAGUGACGUUGCAGCAAAAGGAUAUAGUACUUUGUCGAUGGAUUCGGAAGCGCUUCCUAGGGGAAAAUAACGGAAAAGAUGACUUUUAA